UUACUCGCGAAAAGUCGUCGAGGCAGAAAAGAGGAUCGAUAGAUCCACGCGCGCGAGGAGAAAGUUUUAUUACAUAUAUAUCUACCGAUAUUCAAGUCCGCCUGAUAUUGCCUGCCUAUUUGCCUGAGUAUCUGCCAGCUCGUCUUGACUGACUGCCUAUCUACCUGUUCGCUGUCAUCGCUGCGAUCCGAGCAAUUCCUUUUGUCGAUUAUCUCUCGUCGUUCAAUAAGGUGCAAACCCAUAGAAAAGAUGGUGGAAGUGCUCUUAGAUCGAAUCGACGGCCAAGAAGUAACCAUCGUUGAGUCGGAUUGCAUACCAGAUUCGCCAAGCGAGAAUUCACCGGUCAAUGAGAAGCUAUCACCGAUCCAGGAAUUUUACAAUGGUCAAAGUAUUUUCAUCACCGGCGGCACCGGUUUCAUGGGUAAACUGCUCAUCGAAAAGCUCCUCAGAACGUGUCCUGGAGUGACAUCAAUUUACUUACUGGUACGUCCAAAGAAAGGCAAGGACGUACAUCAACGUACCGAAGACAUCUUUGAUGACACGGUAUUUUCAAAACUUAGAGACGAACAGCCCAAGUUCCGACAUCAGAUCGUUGCUAUAGCGGGAGAUUGCAGUCAACCGAAUCUCGGAAUAUCUGCACAAGAUCGGGCUACUCUUAUCCGGGAAGUUUCGAUUGUUUUCCAUGUCGCAGCUACGGUUAGAUUCGACGAGAAAUUGAAAUUAGCAGUGCCCAUUAACGUCAGAAGUACAAGAGACGUUGUAAAUCUCUGCAAGGAAAUCACGAACUUGAAGUCUUUUAUACACGUAUCAACUGCAUAUGCAAAUUGCCCACAAAGUGUAAUCGAGGAAAAGUUUUAUGACCCGCCAAUGGAUUCCGAUAAACUAAUUGCGUUGAUUGAAUGCAUUGAAGAUAAAUUGGCUGAAGAUAUCACUCCGCAAUUAUUAGGAAAAUGGCCUAAUACCUAUACUUUUACGAAAGCAGUUGCCGAGAAUGUGAUUAGGAAGCAAGCUGGUGAUCUGCCGGUCGGCAUUUUUCGUCCUGCUAUUGUGAUCUCAACAUAUCUGGAACCGGCACGAGGUUGGAUCGACAAUUUAUACGGUCCAACAGGAGUUGCUGCCGGUGCUGGAACUGGAUUGCUGCGAUCGAUCCAUUGUGAUGGCUCGGUACACGCAAACGUAGUACCUGCAGAUUUAACAGUCAAUGCUUUAAUUGCAUGUGCAUGGGACGUAGCGAAUGAUCAAAGAAUAAACAAUAAAUCACGCAGUGAUGCCCCAAUUUAUAAUUAUGUGUCUACGGACAACCCAAUAACUUAUGAUAAUCUAAAAGACAUGUCAUCAAAAUAUGGUCUCCAAAUUCCCUCGAACAGGGCGGUUUGGUAUUACAGUUUCAGAAAUAAUAAGCACAGGAUAAUCCAUCUUUUUUUCGUAUAUUUUUGGCAUCUACUUCCAGCUUUACUGGUUGAUACCGCAACUGUCUGCAUAGGAAGACAACCGAGGUUACUUAAAGUUUAUAAGAAGAUACACAAAUUUAUGGAUGUGCUGAACUAUUUCUCCACGCAAGAAUGGAAAUUUACCAAUGAUCGAUUACACGCGCUGAUGGGGAAGCUCACAUUCAAAGAUCGUGAAAAGUUCUAUUGUGAUAUACGAGAUGUCGAUUGGAAUUUUUACUUCGAAACUUAUAUUCGCGGAAUAAGAGUGUAUCUCAUUAAGGAUCCCCUAGAAACCUUGCCGCAGGCACGCGUCAAAUGGCAAAGAUUAUACUGGAGUCAUCAAGUACUGAAACUCAUUCUGGCUUACAUCGCCUUGAGGCUCUUCUGGACGAUUACAUCUACACUGUUUGAUUUUUUUUAUCCAAAAGUGUGACAGAAAUGAUAGGAAUAAGAUUGCAAAAAUCCAAGACAUACGUCUUGGAGAUGCAGGACCGAAUGGUGGAGGGUGAUAUCUAUAUUUUUAAGGAAGAAGCAUGAUUGGACUCUCAGAGAAGUGUGAAACUUUCGUCAGAAAGAUAUGGAAGAACUAACAGAGAGGCAUGUCGUAAGCCUAUAUACAAAACAGGCCAAAUAUUGCGAAACGAAAAUGUAAUGUAUGAGCGAUAUG